AGAGGUGAGAUAGGAAUGGCAAGCAUUGACUUAAAAAGCCCACAGAUUAUAUUGUCACAGUUUGCAGACAACACGACAUAUGCAAAGGUGAUCACUAAACUCAAAGUUUUAUCACCUUUGGAAAUAAUAAUGUCAAAUACUGCUUGUGUUGUGGGAAAUUCAACCAAGUUGUUUACUCUGGUCACAGAAAAUUUCAAGAACGUUAAUUUCACUACAGUCCAAAGGAAAUACUUCAAUGAAACAAAGGGCUUAGAGUACAUUGAGCAGUUGUGCACGGCAGAGUUCAGCUCUGUUCUGAUGGAAGUGCAGUCCAGGUAUUACUGCCUUGCAGCUGCUGCAGCCUUGCUAAAAUAUGUCGAAUUCAUUCAAAAUUCAGUGUAUGCACCAAAGUCGCUGAAGAUUUAUUUCCAAGGCAGUGAACAGACCGCCAUGGUAGACUCCUCAUCAGCCCAGAACCUCGAAUUGCUGGUUAACAGCCAGGACUACAGGAAUAAUCACACUCUCUUUGGUGUUUUAAAUUACACCAAGACCGCGGGAGGUAGCAGGAGGCUGCGCUCUAACAUACUAGAGCCACUGGUUGACGUGGAGACCAUCAACAUGAGGCUGGACUGUGUCCAGGAGCUGCUUCAGGACGAGGAGCUCUUCUUUGGACUCCAGUCAGUCAUAUCAAGAUUCCUGGAUACGGAGCAGCUGCUUUCUGUUUUAGUUCAAAUCCCAAAGCAAGACACGGUUAACGCAGCCGAAUCGAAGAUAACAAACUUGAUCUACCUGAAGCACACUUUGGAACUUGUGGACCCUUUAAAGGUCACCUUGAAGAACUGCAGCACCCCCCUACUCAGAGCUUACUACGGCUCCUUGGAAGACAAGAGGUUUGGACUUAUACUUGAAAAGAUUAAAACAGUGAUAAACGAUGAUGCGAGGUACAUGAAAGGCUGCCUGAACAUGAGGACUCAGAAGUGCUAUGCCGUGCGCUCCAAUAUCAGUGAGUUCCUCGACAGAGCUAGGAGGACAUACACAGAGAUAGUGGACGACAUAGCAGGCAUGAUAUCCCAGCUUGCAGAGAAGUAUGGCCUUCCACUGCGGACCAGCUUCAGUUCUGCACGGGGCUUCUUCAUCCAAAUGACUACAGACUGUGCCGCCAUCUCCAGUGACCAGCUCCCCUCAGAGUUUAUCAAGAUAUCUAAAGUGAAAAACUCCUAUAGCUUUACAUCAGCAGAUUUAAUUAAAAUGAAUGAACGAUGCCAGGAGUCUUUGCGAGAGAUCUAUCACAUGACUUACAUGAUCGUGUGCAAGCUGCUUAGUGAGAUCUAUGAGCACAUUCACUGCCUGUACAAGCUCUCUGACACGGUGUCAAUGCUGGACAUGCUGCUGUCUUUUGCUCAUGCCUGCACGCUUUCUGACUAUGUUCGACCAGAGUUUACUGACACUUUAGCAAUCAAACAAGGAUGGCACCCCAUUCUUGAGAAAAUAUCUGCAGAGAAACCUGUUGCAAACAAUACAUAUAUUACAGAAGGGAGUAAUGUUGUGAUCAUAACUGGACCGAAUAUGAGUGGAAAAUCCACGUAUUUAAAACAGAUUGCACUUUGUCAGAUCAUGGCCCAGAUUGGCUCUUAUGUUCCAGCAGAAUAUGCCUCCUUCAGGAUUGCUGAGCAGAUUUUUACCAGAAUCAGUACUGAUGAUGAUAUUGAAACAAAUUCAUCAACAUUUAUGAAAGAAAUGAAAGAGAUAGCAUAUAUUCUGCAUAAUGCUAAUGACAAGUCACUUAUAUUAAUUGAUGAGCUUGGCAGAGGGACCAACACAGAAGAAGGCAUUGGCAUUUCUUACGCUGUCUGUGAGCACCUGCUGAGCAAAAAGGCAUUUACACUCUUCACAACACAUUUCCUGGAACUAUGCCACAUAGAUGCCCUGUACCUUAAUGUAGAAAACAUGCAUUUUGAAGUCCAGCAUGUAAAGAAUACCUCAAGAAAUAAAGACGCAAUUUUGUAUACUUAUAAACUUUCUAGGGGACUCACAGAAGAAAAAAACUAUGGGUUAAAAGCUGCAGAGGCCUCCUCACUUCCACCAUCAAUUGUCUUGGAUGCCAGAGAGAUCACAACACAAAUUACAAGCCCACAAAAUCAAAGGAGUUCCCCUGAGAUGGAUAGGUGGAGAGCUGUGUACCAUCUUGCUACAAGGCUUGUCCAGGCCGCCCGAAACUCUCAGCUGGAGCCAGACAAGCUGCGGGCAUACCUGAGUAAUCUGAAGAAGACAUAUGAAAAGGACUGCCCCAGGGCCGCAGACCUUCCAGAGAGGACUGAGGAGUGAUGACUCACAGAGUGUACAGUGACUGUGUCUCAGUUGCUCAGUUUUACAUUUUAAUUGAAAAUUACAGUAUAUUCCCUUCAGGAUUUCUACCUA